AUGCAGAAUGAAAAUUCUCAACAUACAACGACUGCUGCUCUUGUCGUUACCAUCUUAGCAGUGAUAGCGGUCAUUCUUCGAUUUCUAACACGAAAAUUAACGAAAGCCGGUACUGCGGCCGAUGAUUGGUGGAUCUUGAUUGGGGUCUUAUUGUUGAUUAUCACGGGUAGUCUUCUUCUCUAUGGCGUGAAAUCCGACCCAAGCGGCGGCGAGACUAUCGAUCGCGACUCUCCUACCUUCGAUUAUAAGCCUCAUGUCACAUAUCUCAUAAUGUCAUGGGUGUGCGCCAUUCUUUAUUUUUCGGUCGUGACGGCUAUUAAAAUCUCAAUCCUUCUCAUGUAUCGUCGGAUAUUCUCCUCGAGUUUGGUACGAUCGUUUUGGGUCUUUAUGGGGUUUAUUAUCAUCUGGUGGUUGGUCGGUACUAUCGCGACAAGUAUCAGUUGUGUUCCAGCAAGUAGAUUUUGGAUUGGACCUUCGGCUGGUGGAUGGUGUUUUAAUUUCAACAUCUAUUGGAUGGUGAUGGGUGUGGUGGAAAUUGUGAUUGAUAUUGGGAUUUUGAUUUUGCCAAUCGGUGUGGUGAUUGGACUCCAAAUGCCUAAUUCUCAGAAAGUAUUGGUUGGAGGUAUCUUCCUCCUAGGAAGUUUUGUCAUCGUAACAGGUGUUGUACGAGUCGUUCUUGGAUAUGCUCCCGGUAGUCAAAAUGUCGAUUUUCCACGAGCAGAACUCUGGUCAGCGGUUCAUGUUGGAAUGGCAAUCGUGUGCGCUUGUCUCCCAAACUUUCGUCCACUCUUGAAUCGCAUCACUGCAUCAGCUCGUCGUCUGUAUGGAUCUGCCGUAACGAGUGAUAGGGAUCAUAACGCAAGUGGUUCCAGUGGAAGUCGAAGUGCGGCAUCAAAGAAUAAAACUGCAGUAGAAUUGAUGACAUUGAGUCAUAUUCGACGUCGAGGACAGAAUGAGUUGGAGGAUAGAAAUGCAGAUACUAGGGGAUUGACUAGGAAUGAGAGUGGAGACUUCCAGUCACUCCAUCAUGUAGAAUUGGGAGUAGGGGGAGUAGAUGAACCUAGACCCAGAGAAUUAAAUGAUGGAUGA